GGUGAAUAUAACAAAGAAAGCACACAGAACUAGAAAACAACUUUAAACAAAGACAAAAACCGCUUUCUUCUCCGUCACCAUUCGCAUCAACACUUGAUUCUUUGUUUCUUCCCUUCUCCCAAAUAUCAUGCUCCCAACCUCAACGUAAAAUAAAAAUCAUAGCUUUGAACCCCGAUCCCAAAACUAUGGCAUCAAUCUCAGGCAUUUGCUCCUCUUCCCCCGCUCUCAAAAGAUACCCCAAGCAAUCGCCAUCGUUGACCAUCUCUCUCCGCAAAGACCACGUGUCCCUCCCCGCGCGCCGCUUCGAUCGGAGCCUGAGCCUCGCGCCGCCUCGCGCGGUGGCUCAGGAGGUUUCCGGCACGGAGGCCAAGGGACUGGAGACCGAUCCUCACGCGCUGUGGCGGAGGUACGUGGAUUGGCUGUACCAGCACAAAGAACUGGGGCUCUACGUGGACGUGAGUCGGGUCGGGUUCUCGGACGAGUUCGUGAGCAAAAUGGAGCCCCGUUUCGAAGCGGCGUUUGGUGCUAUGGAGGAGCUGGAGAAGGGUGCGAUCGCGAAUCCCGACGAGGGUCGCAUGGUGGGGCACUACUGGUUGAGGGACCCCACGCGCGCACCCAACAACUUCCUCAGGACUCAGAUUGAGAACACUCUCGACGCUGUUUCCGAGUUCGCUAACGACGUCGUUAGUGGUAAGAUUAAGCCUCCUUCGUCUCCGGAGGGUCGCUUUACGCAAAUACUGUCCAUUGGAAUUGGAGGUUCGGCGCUUGGACCACAGUUUGUUGCUGAGGCAUUGGCACCUGAUAAUCCUCCACUCAAGAUAAGAUUUGUUGACAACACGGAUCCUGCUGGAAUUGAUCAUCAGAUUGCACAGCUUGGGCCAGAGCUAGCUUCAACACUUGUCAUUGUCAUUUCAAAGAGUGGAGGUACCCCAGAGACUAGAAAUGGUUUAUUAGAAGUGCAGAAGGCCUUUCGUGAAGCAGGCUUGGAUUUCCCGAAACAGGGUGUUGCUAUAACACAAGAAAAUUCUUUGUUGGAUAACACUGCCAGAAUUGAGGGCUGGUUAGCUAGAUUUCCUAUGUUUGAUUGGGUGGGAGGUAGAACGUCAGAGAUGUCUGCAGUUGGCCUGCUUCCGGCAGCCCUUCAGGGCAUUGAUAUUAGAGAAAUGCUUGCUGGUGCAUCAUUGAUGGAUGAGGCAAAUAGAAGUACUGUGUUAAGGAAUAACCCUGCUGCUCUUCUGGCUUUAUGUUGGUAUUGGGCUACAGAUGGUGUAGGAUCCAAGGAUAUGGUUAUUCUUCCAUACAAGGACAGCCUGUUAUUAUUUAGUAGAUACUUGCAGCAGCUGGUCAUGGAAUCUCUAGGCAAGGAGUUUGACUUGGAUGGUAAUCGGGUUAAUCAAGGAAUUAGUGUCUAUGGAAACAAAGGAAGCACAGAUCAACAUGCCUAUAUUCAACAACUGAGGGAAGGUGUUCACAAUUUCUUUGUGACAUUCAUUGAGGUGCUCCGUGAUAGACCCCCUGGUCAUGAUUGGGAACUUGAACCUGGUGUCACAUGUGGUGACUACUUGUUUGGUAUGCUACAGGGAACAAGGUCAGCUCUCUAUGCUAAUAAACGAGAGUCCAUCACAGUCACUGUACAAGAAGUGACACCAAGAACAGUAGGUGCUCUUAUUGCGCUAUACGAACGAGCAGUAGGAAUUUAUGCCUCCCUUGUCAACAUAAAUGCUUAUCAUCAACCUGGUGUGGAAGCUGGUAAAAAAGCUGCUGGUGAAGUACUAGCACUUCAGAAGCGAGUAUUGGCAGUGUUAAAUGAGGCAAGCUGCAAAGAGCCUGUUGAGCCAUUGACACUUGAAGAAGUAGCUGACCGUUGCCAUGCUCCUGAAGAUAUUGAAAUGAUUUACAAGAUUAUUGCACACAUGGCCGCUAAUGACAGAGCAAUAAUUGCGGAAGGCAGCUGUGGUUCACCACGGAGCAUCAAGGUUUUUCUUGGGGAAUGUAACGUUGAUGAAUAAUAUGCUUGAGUUAGACUAACGAAAUUCAAGUUUGGUAAUGUUACAGUUGUUGUGUUUGAAUACGGAUCAGAAGAAGAGAAGUUGCCUGUAAUAAUUUGGUUUCAAUGUUGAAUCUCCAUCAUUAAUGAAAGUGGAGAUUUCUAUUGAGACAAAUUCUUGAAAGUGUUUAGUUUUGGUGUUCUGAAAUGGAACUACAUGUAACGAAAUGGGGAACCCAGUGGCCAGUGAGUAAAUAUAAUUGAAUAAUAUGUUCUCUUUGCUGCCUA